AUGAGGAGGUUCUCCAACAACCACUGGAAGGCCAAAUUGGAAAGACAGUCCACCAAGAGCAAGACAGUCUAUGGCAAUGACCCAGCGAAAGCCAUGGAACAUCUGCGGCACUUCAUGAUCUCAUCCACAGGCUCUGUGUUGCGCGCCUGGAUUGAGUUCUUCGAUCGAGAUAUGGAUCACCGUAUCUCCAGGGCGGAGUUUAGCAAAGGUAUGCGAGAGCUGGGCUACAAGGGCGACGUCUUUGAGCUCUUCUCAGUGUUGGAUGAUGACGACUCCAAUGAGCUUACCUUAGACGAGGUGGACAUGAAGCAGGCCACGAUUUGGCGCAACUUCCGGGUCUUCGUGGCCGCCAAAUUCAAAAGUGAGGAGGAACUGCUUCAGCGCUGCUUCGACGCGGCGGAAGGCAUCAAGCACCGGGAGAUACAGGACCAUCUUUCCAGAGAAGACUUCUGCGUGGGCAUGCGGAAGUGUGGCUGGAGCUUUGGCGUGGCGGAUCUGAACUGGAUCUUUGAUGCCCUGCAAGAUCAGAGUGAUAGACUGCUGAAGAUCGACGCCUUACGUUGGAUGGGCAUUGAGUUGACGCGGCGUCAGAAGAAGCAGGAAGCCAAAGUACGCUCGAGGAAAUGGCAGGCCCUGCGAGGUCGCACAGGAGCCUCGCCCCAGUUGAAGCAUCGGCACUUUGCUAAGUUUAAGGCAUUCCUGCAGAGGAAGUAUGGAAAUCUGAUCCGAGCCUGGAGACAAGCUCUGUCCCAGACGGACUCCAUGGUCUUAUCGAAGCUGCAUUUCCUGAAGGCAGCUGCACGCUUGGGCUUUGCCAAAGAGUCCAAGGAACUCUGGAAAGCGCUGGACAAGGAUGACAGUGGUGCCGGGAAAGAGUUGAAUGACCCAGGUCAGGCCUCUAUCGAUGAGUUGGAUCCUAAGAAUGCAGAGAUUUUGGCGCAGUUUAAGGAGGAAAAUGCCAAGUGGGCCUUUGAUCAUGAACUCCGCUUCGAUGCCCGACGCCGUGCUCAGCAGCUUCCACUUCUGGAGAACUUCAAGAGAACGCUCUAUCUAUGCUCAGAGAGGUGUCAACUCGACGGUGCUAAUGGUGGUGGUUUGAGCUUUGACCACUACUUCGUGACGGAUAUGACCUGGACCAUUGAAUUCCUGGAGCAAGGCGUUGCGGUUCACAGCACCUUGCCACUGACCUUUUCGGAGGAGUCCAGCUUUGAGCGAACGCACGCAGUGAGUGAACGGAUGAGAGCAGUCUGUGGAGCCUUGAACUAUUCAGUCACUUUGCGAAACUGUGAGCAUUUGUCCCGCUUCAUUGAGAAUGGAUCAUGGGUAAGCCACCAGAUGGCUGAAGGUGCUGACUUCGGAUCAAACUUCGCCAACCACAUGAUGCUUCACAAGAAGAAGAUGAAUACCCUCCCAAAGGCCAUGGAUUCAGACUCCACUCGUUUCAUCAAUGCCGUGAAGUUUGCCAAUGCCUUGAAGAAGUUCGACUUCAGCCGGCCCAGCAAGCAGCUUUUUGGGCACUUUGACAAAGACGGAGAUGGGAAGAUCGUCAUUGAGGACGUGCUGUUCCUGGAGAAUUGGAAUCCGCUACCCUUCCUGGUGGUCCCACCCAACUACAAGGCGAGGAAUGAGAUCCGACGACUGAUCUUGGUGAGGACGGGGCAGUACAUGAAAGCCUGGCGCCGUUUGCUGGACAAAGAUGCCACGAACCGCUCUUUGGCUCCAUCGUUUGGGAUUGAGGAGAUCGAUGAGGCCUCCGCCUUGAUCCUGUCGAACUUCAGGAAGUGGGCUCUGAUGGAAUUUGGUUCCAUCCGAUCCCUCUUCGCAGUCUUUGACGACGACUGCUCCGGAAGCCUCUCCUGGCAGGAAUUCCGCUACGCCUGCAAUGUCUACGGCUACGAUGGCUCCAUCCGGUCUCUCUUCAACGCGUUGGAUGUGGAUCAAACGGGCAGUUUGACCUUGAAGGAGGUGGUCUUCUUGGAAGACUGGGACGACGACCAUGAGGAAGCCACAGCUACGGUGCAUGAAGGAGCCAGCGCGACUGGGGAACGACAGGCUGAGCAGACGACCCCCAGUGCCACAUGGCAAGUGACUGAUCGACCUGCACGGCGUUUUGAAGUUGUGAGGCGGAAGCGCGACUUGGAGCUGCGCGCUGCACCGCAGAUUCCACGGCUGCGGCUCAGCACAAGAGGUGAUGGCGAGUAUUCCUGGAGUUUCGCCUCCUCGCGUCCCCGGAGUCAGCGAGCGCCCCGGCUCCGUACGCGGCAGAAGACCUUGCGAAGCCCAUUCUACAGCUUUCAGGAGGAGUGGUCCUGGUCUGGCGACGAUUCUGGCAUCGAGAAGGAUUUGGUUUUCAGCGAGCGCAGCAGCUUCGGGUCCCCGGAGUGCGAAACGCCUGCGAAGCUCAUAGAGAAGGUGGGAUUGGAAGUGCAGACAUCUCCAAUCACAGGGAGAUCUACCAUCGGUCUAAGCACCUUGCUCACUUCUCACCGAAGCAUUUCAGAUGCGAGGCAGCGGCUGAAACAAUGGGAUCUUGGGGCCGAGGCCAGCUACAGUGCCAACAAAGACGGUCGGAAGCAGGGAAACCGAGCGUCCCUUUGUGGCUGGCCGCGUUCCCGUUCCAUACCCUGGCCCCUGUCAGGGUGUCCAAAAAAAGCCGCCCAUCUCAUGGUGCAAAGGUGGCGGCUGGCGGCCUUUGGGGUGGCAGUCACUGCAGGCGUAGCGUUCUGCCCUCGGUUUCUGCCGCCCCUGGAAUCCAUGGCCCCCGGAGCCAGUGCGGCGACGCCGGCCACGCCCUGCUUCCCGUUGUCCUUGCAACGGGCUGCGUUGCCGGGGGCCAAGAGGACGCUGAAUAUCAUGGAACCCAGGUAUCAGCAGAUGUAUCGGGACCUUUUGGCCAACGGCGCCCGUCGGGUGGUGGUGCCGCGCUAUGUGCAGGGCCCUGCAGGCACCUAUUUGGCUGAAGCUGCGGUGGUCUUCCAUCUCCUGGAUGUCAAGGACGCACCACCGGGCUCCCGCACGCGCUACGUGUGUCAGCACCAGGUGCUGCCGAAGGUGGUGAAGAUCACUCGAGUGCUGAACCCGGAGGCCUUUGAGAAGAAAACGACCUAUCUGAAGGUUGAGUGUCAAGAAAUCGAAGACUUGGACCCGGACGACGAUUUGUCAGUCGAGGAGGAGCAGCUACGUGACGAGUUGCUCCAACUGGCAAUGCUGGGAAGGGCCACUGGCUCGCCACCGCUACGACGUUACGAGUACAUGAGCGACAGCCUUGGGCGUUGUGUCUUGGUGGACCACGGUGCCAUGUUCCCCGAAGGGACCAUCAACUUGGCCAACGCGCAGCGUGGCGCCAACGGUUUCUGGGAGCUGGCCAACUUGUGGCAGGGCUACUGCGACCGUCGCGCCGUGGCGCUACGGCAGCAGCACGACCGGCAGCUGCAGCGCCUGCGCGCCGAGGGCCGCGAGCGCGAGCGCGGUGCCCUGGAACUGCGAGAGGCCCUGGAAGAAGAGCUGCAGGAACACUGGAGUCGCAACGCCGAUUCCAUGCAGGUGCUGCUGCAGAUGGACCGCCACUCAGAUCGUUUAGCGCUUCUGCUGCAGCUGCUGCAGCAGGAAGCGCGGCGCCUGCGGGCCUUGAAGGCGGUAGCCCAAUCCACCGGGUUGGAGGCGCAGGCUUAGGCAUGGCGGCGCCAUGGCGGGGCCAUGGCGGAGCCAUGGGCGUUCCCGAAAAUGGGGGAGCUGCCAUGGCCAUAGGAUGCCAACUUGGGGAGGUUUGGUGGAUGAGA